AUGGACGAGGCAUUCAUGAGUCCGGAGCAAACGCCAGCUAAGCGGAGCCAGCAUUCAGACAAUUCCAGCGAUGGAUUACCCGGGCUGCUUACCUCAGUGAAAGGCACCUAUUUACCAUCUAGUCCAUUGUUCACCAAUCGCCCAUUUUAUCCGAUGUUUCUAAAUUUGCACAAAUGUGGUGAUGUGGAUAUCAUCCGCGGUGCGCUAAAAGCAUCCAUUUUCGAUCACACUGCCUCGCGUGGCAUGCACAGCGGUACUAUUGACGAUCUGGCCUCACAAACAUUGUUUGCCGCUCGGAAUGUGGUUCCAUGGUUACGAGGCCAUGGAUUGUCUGCUCAGAAAUUCAGAGGAAUUCACACGACCACCUUUUAUACCAUUGCUAACGGUCGAGCAAAAAUGAGCGUGGAUUUAUAUAUUGAACAGUUUAUUCCUCGACUGGCACAAUCCCUCAAAUGUGCGAUAGAUAUUCCCGGUCUGAGUAGAGAUUUUAUUGAAGAAGCAAUCAUUUUCCCACUGUUUCAAUACACCCCAAAAGUGGUGUGUCAGCCCCGUACAAAAAUGCUGAAUGACUUUGCUUCAGUCAAACGGGAAUUUUUCAGUCAAAGAGCUUUUCUUAUUCAAAAUGCAUUGAAUACUAGAGUAAAAUCUGAUUCAGACGAAGAUAUAGUUAUCAGCACCAAACCCGACAAGCGUAAAUCAACUAGGGAACAAUGA